UGCAAUAUGGCGGCGAACUUUAUAUUGUUGAGAAUUUUGUUUUUUAUGUUCUAAAUUUUGUAAAAUAGACAGAAUUGAUCAUAUUAUGCUUUCUGUAAGGUUCAAAAGAGGUAGUUUCAAGAAUUGUCUUCGAGUCGUAUGGAGAAGUAUCCAAACAUCAAGUCAGAUGUAUCGUGAUAUUGAGGAUGAACACAUGAAAACUUCAGUAAACUUUAUCACACAUCCAAAAGAGGGAUCUAGCAAGCACAAGCCAGCAUAUGUCACCAGAUAUGGUCCCAAAGGAUUUGUUGUUCAUGGUUCAAGAGUGCUUGGAUCAUUGGUUAUAUUACCAGGUUUAUUUUUGCAUUGGAAGGUAAAAAAUCCUCAUGAAAUAUGUCUUGAAAGUUUAGAAUUAUUUACCCUUGUCAAACCACCUAUAGAUAUUAUUGUAAUUGGAACAGGCGAUAAGGUUGUAAAGUUAGAUAAAGAAAUUCACAGAGAGUUGAGAAAGAAAAGGAUUGCUUUGGAAGUCCAAGACACAGCCAAUGCUUGUGCAACAUAUAACUUUCUUUUGGAGGAAGGUAGAGUGACUGGAGCAGCAUUAAUUCCACCAACUUUGCUGCAUGACAGAUGACACUCGUGGUCCUGGACGAGUGGACGCGGUAUGUUACAAAGAGGGCGUCAGGUUUACAGGUAAAAAAAAACUAAGAAGGAGUUAGGGUCAUGACACUCUAGAAUUGCUAAGAAAUCUCGCUUUGAACAUUUUUGAAAAUUGGAAAGCAGUCAGCAAUACACAAAAUUACAAAUGCGAGAGCUCUUAACUGGUUCCAGGCAAAGUUUAUUGAUGUCAGUAGUGGACGGUCGCUUAAAAAAGAGGGACAUCAGAAAUCGCGAACACAGAAACACAAACUCCGACUAAACAAUACAGUUGCUUAAUUCGUGAAUUGUGUUUGUUUAACAGCUGUUGAUUAAACCAAGAAUUGUGACAUGAAUGAAAA